UUAAGUUGUUUUAGGUACUUGAGUUCGAGGACACUAAUGAAACAAGCUAAUGGUCAUAGGAAAAUCGUAUAAUAAUUACCAUCCCUACACAUCAAGCGGACUGUAUCUUUAAAUGGGCUGGGCGAAUAGAUGGCCGUGAUCUUUCCUAAAUGACUCACCACCUGUGCUUGCAGCCAGAAGAAUUCAACUUUCCCCACAUAGUCUGAAACACUCUGGGAUCUUCAGUGGGGCGAAACCAUUCUGAGAAAAGGGAUGGUGAAGUCUAAAUUAAUAGAUCUUUCCUAUCAGCUUCCAUUGUGAUAGACAGAUAAGAAAGCUAAACAAAAUAAACGACAUAUCUUUGAAGAAACUCCACAGAAUAUGUAUAGUGAUUGAUUCUCUGUUUUUUUUCUUCUUUUUUUAACAGUUUGAUUAUAGUUCUCCCUCCUGUUUUUGGUACAGCCUGCAUUAGAGGCCAAGCAGGGACCUUCAGUUCAAUAGCAGAGCAAUCAGCUGCUGCUGCUGGUGUGAAUGAGGGAUUUUGUUGUCUGUGAUUUUCAAUCAAAGUUCUGCUGACAUCAGAUCCUUACUGCAGCAGGAAGCUGACCUGCCGAAGGGAGAAGGUGCGAGCCGGUUAAAAUCUUUGAAUCUGAUUUUAUUAAGAACAGAAAAACUAUUUCCAGUGCUUUCCACACGGACUGUGAGGGCAGGCUGAUUGCGGGUGUGAAUACAGGCUAGUGCUGGUGUAUGGGGGGAGAGACAAAGUGAUUGAUCUGCUUUUUGGGGAAUCUGGAAAGGAAUGCCAUUUCUGCCGAUCGGGAGCGGAGACUCGCAUUGACUGAAUGAAAAAAUGGAAUGCAAGGAUGCAGAAGCCGUCGUGGAGGAACAAGCGGAGCACACGGAGUCUCCUGAAGUAAAACCCAAAGAAGAGGCGAAGAUCCAAACCAAAAGUGACCAAUCCCCCUCCACACCGGGCCCCUCCCCCUCCACACCGGGCCCCUCCCCCUCCACACCAGGCCCCUCCCCCUCCACACCGGGCCCCUCCCCCUCCACACCGGGAGUCAGCCCUCGACCCAAGCAAGAUGGAGUGAAAGCAGAAGAGAGACAGAAACUGGCAAAGGAGCGUCGAGAGGAGAGAGCCAAGUAUCUGGAAAGCCGUAACUUGAGUAAAGCUGCCAAGAAGGCCCAGUGGCUGGAGAAGGAGGAGAAAGCCAAGCACCUGAGGGAGAAACUGCUGGAGGACCGGAGGAAGAAGCUGGAAGAGCAGAGGGUGAAGGCAGAGAAACGACGGGCAGCACUGGAGGAGAGGCAGAGGCAGAAACUGGAGAAAAACAAGGAGCGAUAUGAAGCUGCAAUUCAGAGAUCGACAAAGAAAACCUGGGCAGAAAUCCGUCGACAGAGAUGGUCUUGGGCUGGAGGUCUGAAUCAAAACACACAGAGAGAAGGUUCAGGGAGAUGUUCGAUGUCGGCAGUCAACCUUCCUAAACACGUGGAUUCCGUAAUAAACAAGAGACUGUCCAAAUCCUCCGCCACCCUGUGGAAUUCACCGAACCGAACCCGGAGUUUGCAGCUGAGCCCGUGGGAGAGCAGUAUUGUGGACCGGCUGAUGACCCCCACCCUGUCCUUCCUCGCCCGGAGCAGGAGUGUCGCCACACUGCUGGGAAACAGCAAAGACUCCCGUAAGUCUUCCCUGUCUCCCCUGUGCCCUCGCUCAGCCUCUGCCAGCCCCCUCACAGCCUGUAACCACCACAGACCCCACCACAGAGGCUCCGAGCGAUGGAGGGUCUCGGCAAGCAGCCCUGACAUCACGCCACGCAAACCCAGGGACUCCCUGCCUGUACGUAAGACGAGCACAAAGCAGGUUACUGAACUGGUGGAAAAGAAGAAAAAGGAGAAGAAAGACAAAGAGCGAGAGAAUGAGAAAGAAAAGAAUGCCCUCGCUAAGGAGAAGGUGUUGAAGAAGAGACAGUCCUUGCCGAGUAUGAAGCACAGAACAGAAGCCAGUCCUGUGUCAAAGAACCGCCCCUCGUCCCCUUCCACCCCCAAGCAGCAUGCCACGUCCCCCAGCCCCGCGGUGUCCCCAAAACCGCCCUUACCCCGGGGCUCUCACUCUGUCCCCAAGACACGGGGCAAGAGACAGAAGAAGACGGAGGACAAGACGCCAGCGAAAGAGCACGAGCGAACAGCUUCACCCCUCGCAGUCGAGAAAACAAAGGAGCCACGCAGAGCGGCCACUCCCGAUGGCUCUUCCCCUCUCCCUGCUAUUGUUGUGUCCUCUGCACCAGGCACGCCCCCAGCCCCUGCUGCACCAAUCCCAGCCCAGACCUCGACUCCAACCCCUCCCCCAGCCCAAGCUCCAGAGCCGACACCUCCCACAGCCCCGGCCACAGCUUCUCCUGGCAAACCGAUGGCUGGAACCAACAAUGCAGAGGAGGCAGCUCGAAUCCUGGCUGAGAAUCGCAGGCAGGCCCGCGAGCAGCGGGAGCGCGAGGAGCAGGAGAGGAGGGAGCAGGAGGAGAGGGACAGGCGCCUGAGAGAGGAGCAGGCCGUGCAGGAGGCGGAAGACAAGGCCCGGCGUGAGGUGGAGGCCCAGAGACUCGCCGAGGAGAGGAAGCAGCGGGACGAGGAGCAGAGGAUCGAGGACGAGGCUCGCCAGCAGAGGGAGGCAGAGGCACGGGCUCAAGCAGAGCAGGAGGAGCAGGAGCGGCUGCAGAAACAGAGGGAGGCGGCAGAGGCCAAAGCCCGAGAGGAGGCAGAGAAGCAGAGACUGGAGCGGGAGAAACACUUUCAGAAAGAGGAGCAGGAGCGGCUGGAGAGGAAGAAGCGCUUAGAGCAGAUUAUGAAAAGAACAAGAAAGCCGGAAUCAGGUGACAAGAAAGAAACCACAUCUUCCUCUCCUGCACAAAUGAAUGGUAAAGAUGCUAAACCUGAUCCUGAAAGCAGCAAAGGAUCACUUGGCUCCCAAACCCCUCUUAUCACAGACGAGAUUGAGGUGAACAGCCAAUCGCAGAGCAGCACUAAAGAGGAACCCUGUGAGCAGAAUACACAGAGUGUCCCUGUGAAGGAACUCAGACAGAUCCCAGCCCUGGUGAACGGCAUGCAGCCGGCCAAGCAUGAAAAUGGCCUUUCCACCAAGAGGGAGGGGCCUGACUUUGAGGAGAUCAUCGACCUGUCCAAUCACAGCGACAGCAGCAACGGGGGGCGGGAGAAAUCAGAGAGCGAGAUCCCCAGUGACCCAAUCAUCGCCUUCGAGGAAGGAGAGUCCUUCCUGAAGAAGAAAGCAGGCUCCCUCAAGCCUCAACAUGUAGCAGAAGUUCUCUGAGAAAGUCUACAAUGGGAAAUGUGUUUCCCACACAUCGGACUGGCAACUUUUUAAAGCACGGCUGAGAGAGGAAAAAAAAAAGAAAAAAAAAAUUGGUGCCAAUUCCAGAGUUUAGAUUUUCAAACCAAGAAAACAAACUUCCAGGGAGAGGAAUGAACAAUGGAUGCAAGAGGAAAAAAAAAUACAAACAGAAACUUCACUUCAAAAAGGGGGCAGCCUUUAUUUGAAAGAAAUCAAUUAUCACCUGCAGUUUUUAACAUGCACCUUAAGACUGACAGCUUAAUUCAUUGUAGAGAACCAAGCAAAGCCACAAUAUUUCAUUAUUAUUAUUAUUAUUAUUAUUAUUAUUAUUAUUAUUAUUAUUGAGUUUCAGCAAAAGAAGUGUGUUGUUAUUCUGUCUUUUAGUUAUUUAACUUUGAAAAAGUAAGCAAGCUACUGGGUAUGUGAAUAAUGUAAAUAAACUUCACAGUGUUACAACAGGAAUUGUGGGUGUGCUCUAUGUAAUAAAGAUUUAUUAAAAGGA